AUGUUGUCCACCUACAGCGUGGGCUCGCGGCGCCGCGCCAUCAAGUGUGCCAUCUGCCGGCAGACCACGGCGCACGCCGAGAUCUCCUACGUGUUCACCUGCGAGGCCUCCAGCCGCAACCAGGACAUCCCCAUCAAGGGGAGCCAUUCUACCAAAGUAGAAGCGGUUGUGAGGACCCUCAAGAAGAUCCAACUGACCGACCCUGGGGCCAAAUGCCUUGUUUUCUCCAUGUGGCAGUGUGUCCUGGACAUCAUCUCCAAGGCCCUGUUCGACAACACCAUGGAGUUCUCCCAGAUCAACGGCAUCCACAAGUUCCAGGAGAACCUGAGCUCCUUCAAGCACGAGGAGAAGAUCAACAUCCUGCUGCUCCCGCUGCACACGGGCUCCAAUGGCCUCAACAUCAUCGAGGCCACGCACGUCCUAUUGGUGGAGCCUAUCCUAAACCCCGCCCACGAGCUGCAGGCCAUCGGCCGCGUCCACCGCAUCGGCCAGACCAAGCCCACGUUUGUUCACCGGUUCCUCAUCAAGUCCACCAUCGAAGAGAGAAUGCAGGCCAUGAUGAAGACGGCCGACAAAAGCCACAGCGCGGCGGCGGCCAUGAAGCACUCGGAGGCGUCCGUGCUGACCGUGGCCGACCUCGCCGACCUCUUCACAGAAGACGGGGCGCCACUGGGCUAG